AAAAAAUGACAGCAUUUGUCAUUGUAGAGGUUAUGUUAAGUAAUUGUUUAAAAUUAGGCAUAAAAAAUGGAAGAUGAUAGCGAUAUAGAGGAACUUGAACAGAGACUCUAUUGUCAAGUUUAUCAUUCAAGACCAGAAGAUUUAAAUAACGAACCCUGUUCUAUACAAACCACAGGUCAAAAAGAAACUGUAAAUACUGAAACACCUCAAAGUCAACAACAAAUGUACAGAACUUUUGCCGGUUCUUCUAAAAACCGAUAUUUUAAAAACCAAGAACCAAAUCCAAAUAAUUUGAAUGAUAAUUUCCAAAAUGUAAUAACUACAAAUUAUGCAUUACCACCUUUGGUAUUUAAUCCAGUGCAAAAUGUAAUAUUAAUUAAUCCCAAUGUUAGUCCCCCAAAGAACAUUAAAAGGCCAAAAAAUGUUGAAAAAACUAAAAGAAAUCGUCAACGGCUUAAAGAGAAACAAAAGUUAAAAAAGUUAUUUGAAAAGCGAAUAACAGAAAUUCAAAACACACAUGUAAGAUUCCCAGAUUGUUCCCAAGAAAGCAAUGAUGUAAUUUGUAUUUCUGAUAAUGAAGAUUGUGUAAUUGUAUCUUCUCCUAUAAAAGAUAAAAAAUCAAUAGAUUUGGAUGGUCCAAUGUUAUGUCCAUCUGAAGAUAGUGAAGAUGUGGUUUAUAUUGAGCCUGAACCAGUUCCUUUCAUAGAUUUGGACUCCGCCUCUGAAGCUGAAGUUCCAUUAGAACAAAACAACAUUGUAACACCUGAAAUCUAUGAAAAUUCAUCCCAACCAGAGAAGAGAUGCUCGCCAAAUAAACACAGAGAGUUGCUGGAAACUCCAGACUCAAACCAAUCAAAUGACUUUAUAGACACUAGAAACUUGGGUCAAUCAAGCUUUAAUUUCAGCCUCCAUGGUAAUGAAUUUAAUAAUGCACCAGAUCAGUUUUUAAGGCCGGCUAACCCUACUGAUGUUUAUGAGACUGAUGGUACUGAAAGUACAAGUACUUCAGAUUUUAACAAAGAAUUGCACAACUCAAUGAAAGCCGGAGUUUUUAACGAAGUGGAAUUUCCUAAGGAAGACAUUUUUUCAGAAACUAAUUUAGAAGCAUUUGGAAAAUAUAUUACUCCAAAACGGAAAACUACUGCAAUUAAAACUCCUCAAAAACCAGUUGUAUCCAAUCAUUCCACACCAAAGAAUAUUCCUAUUAGAUAUUCUUCAGAUAGUAGCUCUGAAGAAAGUGAUUAUGAGGAAAUGGUCAAAAAUAAGGCUCUUAAUCAAAAUGUAUCUGAUUUACCUGAAUUAUCAUUUAUGGAGCCUGAGGUAAAACAGAAUAAACAAGGCAAGGAAACUGAGAUUGAAAGUAAAAAAUCUAAAAAGAAAAAAAGCAAUAAUAAAGAUUCAACGGAAGUAAGUGAAACUACUGAGUUAACAAAAACAAAUAAAAAUAAGAAAAAGCAACUUAAAGAAAGUGAAAGAGACAUUAAUGCUUCACAAAUGGAAGCAAGUCUUAUUUUAGAAUGUGAAACACCUGUCAAAAGGAAGAAGAAAAGAAAUACUUCUGAAGUUGUUGAUGAAGAAAUUGUAAAGGAGAAAUGUAUUGCUUUAACAAAUGAAAUUGCAGACACAUCAGAUACUGAAAACCCAACAAAACAUAAGAAAAAGAAGAAGAAAUCAGUUUCUGAAAGUAAAAGUGAUACUGAACUUCUUGAAGCACCGCAAUUGGAUGUUAAGGAAAGGAAAAAAAAGAAAAGGAAGUCUUUUAGUGAAAUUGAUGAGUCUCAGGCUUUGUCAGAAACUGAGAGUUUAGGUAAGCACAAAAAAAAGAAAGUGCUUUAUGCUACUGAAGUGGCAAAUGAAGAUGUCCUAUCAGAAAAUGAAUGUUCCACAAAAAGAAAAAAGAAAAAAAAAUGUUUAGAAGCUAAUGAAGAAACUGAUAAUAUUUCUGAGGUUGUGUUAUAUAAAACAUCCAAAAACGAUGCCGCUUUAUCAGAAAGUACAGGUAAAACUAAAAGAAAAAAGAGGCAUACAUCCGAAGGAAAAGAAGAAAGCCAGCUUGAAAAUAAUUUUGAAAAAAUUACACAAAUUAAUGAAGAUAAUUCACUAAUAUCAAUAGGCAAAAAGAAGAAGAAGAAAGCAACAAAAGAGUUUGUUGAAAAUGAAGAAAUUGAUACAUCAAAAUUAUCUAAAAAAAAGAAAAAGAGGAAAUCUUGGGAUACAAGAAUUGAAGAUGAAGAUAAUAACUGUUUGGUUACUGAAAAGACCUUUGAUAAUGCUGAAAAUGAGAAAAAAGAAUCCCAGGAAAAUAACGAAAUAAAAGAAAAUGAGAGAAAUGAGACACAUAAAAAAAAGAAGAAAAAGCAAUAUUCUGGAUCAAGAGAUAAAGAUAAAGAAAAUACCAGUUUGGCUAUUGAAGAAGUCAGUGAAAAAACUGUAGUUAUUGAAGUAGAAAAUGAAUCCACAGAAAAAAUACCAAAUUAUCCUGAAGUAAAUAAAGAUAUAGCUUUGGACCCAAAAAUUCUGCAAUCUGAAGAAAAUAAAAGCGUCACAGUAAAAAAAGAAACCACACUAGAAAAUAUACAGGAAUCCACUGAAACUGUAAUAAUAAAACCAGUCAAACAAGUAUCUACAGUUUCUGAAAGCAAUACAAUAAGUACGUUUGCUAUCAAAAAAGAAGGAAGCUUUAUAGAUGUGGAUAAACCAGACUCUGAUAUUGAAGAAAUCCCGAACAUUAGCGAGUUAAUCGUUAUAGAUGAAGUGCAAUCAGACAACGAAGAAAUAAAGAUAUUUUCCGAUUCUGACCGUAGUGAAGACAACACAAAACUUGUGGAAACUGAUCUUAAUUUAGCCAACUGUUCCACAGCAAACGAGUCAAGUUUCUCCUUUGUAAUUGAUCCUUCGCCAGAUAAUUCGUUGUAUGCGGAUAGGACAACGUUCAGGAGCAAAUGGACUCCAGAUAAAAGGGCUUUCUAUGAGACUGUAACAAGCAAAAAUUUUGAUGUGGAAGCAAUACAAAGUACAAUGAAAGAUGAUCCAAAGUGUUGGGAAGUCAUUCCCGACGAUAUUUAUUGUGUUUCACGAAGUAGAGGAAUACAAUGCAGAAAUUGUAGAGAAAUCGGUCAUAUAGCAGUUCGGUGUCCAAAUAGGAAAGAUGACGUUACUUGUAUACUGUGUGGUCAAUCUGGGCAUAUGGAACCUAGGUGUCCAAAUAAAUUAUGCACUCAGUGUGGUAACGAAGGUAACUACUCAACAAAUUAUUGUUACAAAUGUUUUAAAUUCAGGAAUAUAAAGUGCAACUUGUGUCAUAUGUUUGGACAUCAAAGCAAUAAGUGCCCUGAUAUGUGGAGGAGAUACCAUUUAACUACUGAAGAAGGUCCACCAGUUAAAUCAACGUAUCCAAGUUUAAAACCCAAAAACCAGCAAUGGUGCAGUGGAUGUGCAAAACUGGGCCAUUUGGAACAGAAUUGUAACUAUUUAAACAGAAUGUACCCAUCUUCAGAUAUGGCCAUUCACAGCUAUGAUGAUAUUUAUGGCUACAAAACCACUGCAGCUACCACAACUACUGAAACAUCUGCAAACUCUAGAACUUCUGCAACAACUGCGACCCCUAGCUCAAGAAGAUCAGUCUGCAUGGACCCAUACUACCCCCAAAACUCACAAGGAGUAAAUCUGAUUAUACAGCUCGCCAAUAAUCAGAAUCAAAUCACUCCCCUUAUGCAUCCCAGUAACUAUAUUGGUUUUGGAAAUGUCAACCAACAACAUACAAAUCCUUAUAUGCAAUUUCCAAAUAUCAACCAAAAUCAAAUGGUCUCAAAUUUGAACCCUAUUGCUUUUUUACCGCAAUAUAGCAACCAAAACUUAAUUGUAUUUCCACAACAACAGCAGCAACCACCAAAAGUUAAACAACCAGGAAACAAAAAAUUAAUAGAUAAAAACUUUUUUUUCAAGGCCCCUUUUCAACUAAUUCAAUCAUUUAUCUAUAGAGAAUUAAACAAAAUAAAUAAUGUCCAGACUGCUCAAGCAUCUGUAUUUAGAAAAGAAUUGUUUAACUACGAUAGAUUAAAAAAAGAAAUGUCAAAAGGACAAUGCAAACAGUACAUGUACUGGUGUAAGAGACUGAAUAUGUUUCUCUUUGGAUUUCACAAGUUCAGUGACGGUCAAAAGCACUUGGAUAACUUAAAAAGAAUUCAAACCCUUGACCAAAAUUACCCCUUAAACCACAGUGAGAUCGAUUCUUUGCACAUAUCCUAUCAAUAUAUUUUUGCUGAAGAAAGACAUCAGUUUGUGAAUUAUCACAAAUUAUUAAAUGUUCUUUUAUUAAAAGAGCGUCGAUCGAAAUAUAAGUUUAUAUAAUUAAAAAAUAUUA